AUGCGGAUUACUAUCUUGGUCAGUCUCGGGUAUGUGUAUAUCAAAUAUGAGGAAAAAAUCCGGCAGAUAAUCCUGAUCAAUGUUCUCUUACAUCAUGAACAGCAACAGCAACAAUUACAUGUAAACUCGGUGGUAGGCACACCAUCGUCAGUGCACGUCGUAGUCAAGAAACAACAAGUGCAGCAAGAACAACAAUGUAUUUUCUAUAUCCAAAUUACUGCGUUUAUCCAAGCCCAUCAAUGGGUGCUACCGUGUCAACGAAACUGCGAAGCGGAAACCGAGCAAACGGUGAUGGUGAGACUUCACGUGCGUUUGGCAGCUCAUCUUUGCCGAUGGAUUUUCGCUGCGCCGCUGUGUCUGGUGAUUACAAGACUUAACCCAGCCCUACCAGUGCUGAUGCGCAAAGCAUUUUCUUUGAUGGUGGCGGCGGCACUUUCACGAGGAUGCAUCGACAAAGCCAACAGCAGCCACAACAGCAUCAGCAAGAACCAUUUCAGCCCAAGCGAACUUCAAGAAUUACGCACCCACAAACAACCCGAGCUCACAUGUUUCCCUCCCAACAUCGAUGAAUUUGUUGCGUCUUUCGAUGAGAAAGCUUCCUCGGAUGAGUUGUACGCUCACACCCGCAGCUUUACGUUCAAUCCGAGAACAGAACCAGAAAUGUGUUGGGCACCGCUAUCAAUGGAGCAAGCGUUAUUGCUGAUGUUCAAUGAGAACCUGAACAACGAGCGAACAGAAGUAGACCCGAUGAGCCGCGUUUGGGGCUUUAUCGGCAGCUGCUUUGGCUGUGGAAAAGACGUAGUGUGUAACAGGCCAGUGGGGCUAUGGCAGAAGGCCAGAACCAGUGGUACCAAUGAAGCUACCGCAAGGAAGAACGUUGGCACCAAGGUUGACUUGCUGUUCUCCACCAAGCUCUUUGAGCUAGGCGUUGUCGAAGCUGGAGCUUUAAGCGACCGCAGCAGCAUCAAAAGCAUCACUGAGUUGAAUCUCAAAUGCCCCAAAGUCAAUCAAAGACAUGCUCGUGGAAAUGGAGCAUUUCAACCCGAGCAAGGUGCAUGCUUAUAA